UUCCAAACUAGCACAAAAAUAUGCGUUUCAAUAAGGCCGAAUUAGCGACAUUGGCCUCAAAUCCUACAACGAAAUUUGAAAAAGAAGGAUUAUUGAUUAUAACCGAACGUCAAGAGGGGUUCUUUCGUAAAGCUGAUGUCAACUAUCCCCGUUGGUGUAAAUUACGUGGCAAUCUCUUGUUCUACUUAAAAGAUCACGAUCCAAAUUCCCAGCCGGCUGGUGUUUUGGUAUUGGAAAAUUGUCGACCAUUUAUACGCAAUGAAGCCCGAGAAUUUGAUGGUUUUGUCUUUAUAUUAGAAUUUGAAGGCAGUUUACCACAACGAAUUUCAACACGCACCGCCCAGGAACGUUUGGAGUGGGUGAAAAGCAUACAGCUAGCUUCCUAUUCCUAUUUAAAUCGUCAAAUCCAAUAUCUGGAAGAACAAGUUGCCUUAGCCAUGGGCAAUCGUAUCGAAAAAGGUUUACCCUUAUAUACGCCGGCCAGUGAUGCAACACUGAUGGCUGGUCUAUUGGAUUUAAAUACAGCAUCGAAUUCGAAAGCUGUUACCAAAGUUGAAGAAGAUCUCUCCGAGAUACCAUUGUGUGAAUCAGCCAUAUCCUGUGAUAAUUUACCCAGUGCCGAUAAUGGCCGUCUACCAUGUCCACGGGUGGUAUGUUCCAUACUGCGACCCGGUGAUGAUAUAAUUUGGCAAGAUUAUGCACGCACAGAAAUGAUUGAAAACACAGCAAAUCCACAAUUUCUAUGCACUGUGGUUUUUAGACAAAGUGAUGGAUUUACGGCAGAUACCCCAUUGAGAUUUACUGUCUACGAUGUACGUGAAAAGGUUUCACAGACCGCAGUGCCAAUUGGUUAUGCGGAAGUGGUUUUGGGAGCAAUUCAGGAUGCCACACGUUUUCGAUUGCCUUUACGUUCCAUACAUGGUGACUGUGGUUUCAUUAAUAUUGCUUCAUGGGCCCCUGAUACCGAUAAACAGCUGCAGCCACCACCACGUUCAACCACACAGGUGUUUGAGCAACAGAGCAAAGGUCACCGGCGCACACAAUCGUUGCCACCCAAAUUGGGUGUCAAAUUGUUUGUACCAUUUCAGGGUAGCAUACAAAGGGUCUUUGCAAAUCCAAGGAUCCAUACGUAUCGCCUGAAUUCUAGUCUCGGAGCUGAUAUCAGCGUCCAUGAAACAAUGCUGGAGUCGAAAUUGUGUUUCAAUAUACCACAGCAAUUAUUAUCCAUUUGGAUAUUACGCGAAAAAGAAUUGCUGCAGGAAAUAUCCGGCAUGGGAGAAUUGGGUGGCGAAUGGCGUCGCCGACAAAUGGAUUUGCUGGAUAAACAUUUGAAAUUACUGAAAGACUAUUCGCAGGCUAAACAAAAUUUACAACAAUUAACAAAGGAUGAGGGUCCAUUUUUCAAACGCUCUUCAGACAAAACUGAUGAAUCUUUGGAAUUUAUACCAGUGAAUUUACAUUUGCAGCGUAUGUGGGUCCAAAAUGAUUCCUUAAAUCGUUCGGCAGUAUUGGAUAUUGUCACUGUGGGAGCAUUUACCCGGCAUGCGGGUCUAAAGAAGAGAACUGGCGGUUUAAUAAAACUUUUGCAAGAUACCAAAGAAUCUCCUUCCAAAUUUGAGGCCAGCAAUAAUUGUAAAGUUCUGGCUGCCAAUGAUGCGGUUCAGGCCAUUAAACACUUACGCAAAGAAAUUGUGGAAAUUAUGUCGCAACUCUUGACCUUGGCCAAGUCGAAAAAUCCCAAAGGAAUGAUGCCGUUGUGUAAUGAAAUGGUUACCAAAACAAAAACCCUACUUAAUAUUUGGGAACCCAGUCUGGUGGAAGAGGCAUUUUCAUUUAUAGAACAACACAGGAUUAUUGAGGAGCCGGAUAAUACGUUAAUGCCCAUGUCACCAUUCCGCAAAAUAACUCAACAACUGAACGACUUAGAAUUGAAAUCUCCCGAAUUGGAAGAUUUCUCUACCCCAGUAGUAGCCCCACCAGAUCUAUGGCCAAGAGCUAAAACCCCUACAGCCCAUUAUGGUGGAAAUCGCUUAAUACGUUCCAAUAGUUUGACCCAGUUGAGGACAUCACCAUCGCUAAAUCUGGAUAUCGAUGCCAUACACAAUCUACAGCACACAGUUCGGGCUUACAAUGAACAUUUGCAGAGAAAGGCUAAACAGGAAUCGUAUACCAAUCGCAUACCAGAUGCCCACAAAACCAUGGAAGAAUUUGAUAAUGGAGAGGCAACCUAUCAGUCCCUACCGCUUUACAUUAAUUCCAAUACCAAAUAUACUGAACCGAAUUUCAAUGAACUUCGUGAAGAAGAAAUUGAUGGUGAUGAUGAUAAUGCAGAACAUGAAAUAAAUACUUCCAUAAAAUUAAUAGAUUUAGAUGAAAAUAAUGCAACUAGUCAAGACCAAAAAAUACCGCAAAAAACAUCGACAUCUUCAAGACCCAUAAGGACUUCCUCCAAUCGCAUUUCCAUGCCGCCAAAUUUCAAUCAUGAUUAUGAAAUCACAUCUCAUCAUUGUUCCAUAUUAGCAACGCACAAUGCCAGAUUUUUAGAUACCAAAAUGAUGAGUACCUCACCAUCGGCCAAUUAUUAUAGGCCCACCGAGGAACCGGAACCUUUGGAUUUGACACAAUUGAAUAUAGAGGCCAGUGUUAUGUGUUUGGUUAGUAAAAUAAAAUUUCUGUGUGGUCGAUGUGGUUCACCAGCCAUACGUUUAAGGCAUCCCAAGGGAGCCAUGAAGCGUUCGGGUUUCAAUAAUAAUCCAGUACCCGAUGUCUUGGAUAAUGGUAAUUCCCCGGCAAUGGAAUUAGCUAGACAAGAUGAGACACCACAAGAAACGAACCUAGAGGGUUCAUCACCCAAUGGUAAUAGCAAUGGUUUGAAUUUGGAUUUAACACAAGGGGCCAUGGAUUCGACCCAACCCAUUAAGAAGGGAAAUAAAUUUACCGAUGGUCUCGAUUUAUCGUUGACCACCGAUUGGGCUUCCGAAUUGCGGCCGUCAAUGCGCAAGCUACGUCAUGCUAUGGAUGGCCUAUUAAAAACGGCACGGCUCAUGCAUUCCGUACAACGUUUACAACAGGAUAUGCAAAGGAUUAGUAUAAAUUUGGAGACAAUGUAUCGUCGGGAUGUCUGCUUUUCACAAUCGUUGACGGCAUUGAUCACUGCUCUGAUGGCCAAAUUAUGGGGUAAUGAAAUUACCGAUAAUUUCAUACGCAUCCUAUGUGAUUUAGGUCCCCUGGCAUACUUUGAGGGUCUACUUUCGUUGCAUGGCAGUGAAAUAGAUAUGUGGGGUGAUAUGUGUAUUGCCAUUGAAGAUCUAUUGGGUGUCGAUUUUGAAUUGGUGCGUAAUGAUACCCAAUCAACACCCACACCUCGCAUAACGGGUUCACGACAAUCCCUUACCGUCUACCUACCCGUCCCCGAACAUGUCUACGCCCUGUUGCCCACCAAACAGACGGUAAAUUUCAAAGUAACCCCGGUAUUCUUUAAUAUCGGUAUCAAUGAAAAAGCCACCCUGGCUGAAGCUAUGAAUCGUACCCGAGAACAACAUCGUUCCAAUUGGGAUAAUUAUGUACGGCUGAAACAAUAUUAUACCCGUUUUCGUAAAUUACCAUUGGCCAUACCGGAAACUCCCAGCAAGCAUGAACCGCAUAUGCCAGCCCCGCAAAUAUUGGCGAACCUCUUAAAUUUCCUCGAGGAUCAACUGAAGGCGAACGUAUCGAAAAAUGUGAAAAUUUUACAUUUAGUUGAGGAUGCAUGUCGGCUGAUGUCCGGCUUACGAUUUACCUCAUGUAAAAGUGCCAAAGAUAGAACUGGAAUGGCUGUAACACUGGAACAGUGUCGUGUCCUUGUGCAGGAAUUCCAAUUGCCAGCCAAAAAUGUACCACAAAUUUUGAAUACAAUGCGCAGCGAGGGCUGUCGCAUGGAUAAUGUUUUCAAGAGUAUUGAUAAGCGUAAAUAUGCAUUCAAUUUACCGCAAGUGUUGAGUCUGCCGGUGAUGUAUAGGCCACCGGUGGGUGCUUAUGGUAAAGCGGAGACAUAAAGGAGGA